UCUAUUUUUUAUUUGGCGAUGCUGAAGAGCAGCAAAUAUAAGUAAAUUAAAAGCAAGAAAACCAGUAUUUGAGUAAAUUGUGAUUUAAGACAAAGCAAACAAAAUAAAAGGAGCAAAGCUGAGUGUACAAAAAGAACGCAAAAGAAUUUUUCUGAAGUGUUUGUAUACAGCUUAGUAAGAAGAGAAUGACGCGACACGUACCUACGCACGGGAGCAAAUCGAAUGGUAUUUAAGAAAAUUAUUCAACAAAUUUUAGUGCAAAUUUUAUGAAUUCAAAGUCAAUUAACGAAAAGUGAUUUAUAUACAAAGUUUUUUAUAUAUGUAUGUACAUACAUAUGUGUGUGUGUAUCUACCAGCGCUUUUAAGCCCACGGCAAGUACAACUGCCAGCCACGGCCUUUUGUGUAUCUUUGAAAAAAAAAAAUAAAAUAAAAAUAGGUACAAUAAUAAAAACGAAAACCAACGCUACGCAGCUGUCGUCCUUGCCACGGAAAUGUCAAAGUGCAUAGCUAUUUCCGACGCUGUAUCCGAUUGUGCCAAGUGUAUAGUUAAGUUUGUGUGUAUGUACAUAUUUGUUUACCACAAUCAGCAAAAAAAAAAAUUGUCAAACCAGCGCAACACAAGCGUCAGUGAAUUAGUUGACGCAGUGCAGAAUUCUGUUGCACAACAGUGUGAAAAGUUGCAAAAUCAAUAGAUUGCAAAACAAAAUUUCUAUCUAACGAACCCACAAAUUCUGCCACCCUCUUGCGAAAUACAGUACAACUUUUUGCGAAAGCCAUUCAACCUCCGCCUUCACAGCGUUUGUUAGCCCAGGGGCUUUGUAUUCCAGCAUUGUUAUGCUCUUCUAAGAAUCUAUAUAUGUACAUACCUGCAUACAUAACUAAGUUAAGCUGUCGCACUUGUUAUAACAAACACAAAAAUCGGUGUUAAAACAACAACUAAAUACAGCAAGUGAACUCAAAUAGCAACACUCGAAAAAUGUCUACAACAAUGCAGCAGCAGCAGCAGCCGAGUCCAAACGACGCAGACACUUCGCCCAGCAUUCACAUAUUCAACCACCCCAACAGUCACAAUGCCAACAACACUAACAUCAAAAAUGAUGCCGCCAACCUCGCAAUCACCGCCAACGUGAUACUAGUGGGUGGCGAUAACAUUGUUGCUAACGGCACUUGUGCGACCGAACAGUCACAGCAGGCAGGUCAAACACUAAUUAUUAAUUCGCAGCAACUGUUACACGAACAGCAGGAUAUUCCGGCAACGGACAGUGGUCGCGCUUCGGUAAAUGAAUUCGAUACAACAUUGGAAGAAUCAUUGCCGGCAACUGUAUUGGAAAUUACAGCCGCAGAUGAUAGUGGUUCCGGUGCAACAGCAAUAGCGACCGCAGCCAACUCGAAAGAUAUGGAAAUUCCAGCAACUAUUGUGGCGGUUGUUGCAGGCGAUGUGCAACCAAAAAGCAAGAAACAUUGCAGUACAACGGAUUUUUACGCAAGUAGCGGUUCACAAACCAAAUGGUAUUUACCACCAAUGGAAAUUUGUGCCGAUACUGCCAGUUAUAUUGUUACAUCGGCACAGCCAAGCGUUGCUGUCAACAAUGUUGUUAUCAUAUCUACCUCUGGCGGUACGGAAACAAGUCAAUUUUCGCCAAAGCCAACGACAGGUGAUGCAGGCGCAGUCGUCGUGAGCAGUCAUGUUGCUGAUGAAAC